GUCUAUGACAAUUUCUUUUUCUUGAUCCCGGUUGGAAUAUCAUAAAUGGCUCCACCAAAGCCCAAGGCGGUGGCUAAGCCCGCCGCAGCCCCCGCGGGCGGAGUGAAGAAGGCCAAAGUUGGCAAACCAAGGAAUUAUGACCUGGGUAAUGGUGUAGUCCGUUUCUCCAAGUCUAAGAUGUUCCACAAGAAGGCGAAGUACAAGUUUGUUGGCAAAAAGAACCCAAAGGCAGAGAAGCCUAAGAAGCCCACGGUGGUGGUUAAGCAGAUUGGAGGAGAGAAGAAUGGAGGUACCCGCACUGUUCUAUUGCGCAGUAGGAGGUCCUUCUACCCUACUCAAGACAAGUAUGUAUAUACUGUUUAUUCUAGCAUUCUAUAAUUAGUAAACAGUCAU